AUGUCGGACGAACGCGAGAGCCCGUCGCAAAGCGGCCUCCGAAACCGCGUCUCGUUCUUCGAGAGAGUGUGGAGCGGGAGGAGCAGCAAUGACUCCGUGGACGCGACCACGGACGUCGACGACAUAGAGCGUCGCCUAGAACAGCGCAAACGGCGCCCGGAAUCGCCGAAAAUCGAGGUGAAGUUGAAACACACGCGCGAGACAUUGUCCCCGACGAGGUGCUUUGAAACGCCGUUCCCCAAUCUUAAGUUACGGCACGUCGAGACCGAGCAUGAAGGUGACUUGGCGGCCGGCGCCAAUUUUAAGUUUGAAAUCGUCAAGCGGACCGUUGUGCAGAGGAGCGAAGACCGGCCGGAUUCGCCGGAGUGGUCUGAGUACAAGCAGCACGCUCUGAACACGGCUCCCAAGAAGGAGUACGUGAGGAGCAGGUCGGAAUAUGACUCGCAUAUCGCUGAGAUACGAGAUGAACAGGAAAGAGUACAGAAGAAAACGUUUGUUAAUUGGAUCAAUUCACACUUAUCGAAGAGAAUACCUCCCAUGCGAAUUGACGAUCUGAUCUACGACCUACGAGAUGGAACCAAACUUUUGGCCUUACUUGAAGUUCUGUCCGGUGAGAAAUUGCCGAUGGAGCGCGGUCGAGUGUUACGCCGGCCCCACUUCUUGUCCAAUGCCAACACCGCACUUCGCUUCUUGGCCGGCAAACGGAUCAAGCUGGUCAACAUCAACGCAGCUGAUCUGGUAGACGGGAGGCCUGCCGUAGUCCUGGGACUGAUUUGGACUAUUAUUCUUUACUUCCAGAUCGAAGAAAACAGCCGAGCCCUAGAGUACUUGAGCGGGUCGCGGUGCGUGUCAGUGAUGUCGCAGGAAUCCGGAACUGCGACGCCCACGCACAGGGCAGAGGACAGGUGGAAGCAGGGAGCCAAAAAAACCCUGCUGCAGUGGGUGGCUAAUGCCUUGCCGAAGGACUCAAAUAUCCAAGUAACAGACUUUGGACCAUCAUGGCGCGACGGUAUCGCUUUCCUGGCAAUCAUCGACGCGAUUAAAGCGAAUCUCAUUAACCUGGCCGAGAUGAAGAGGAAGACGAACAGACAGAGGCUGGAACACGCCUUCGACGUGGCGGAGACGGAACUGGGUAUCGCCAGACUUCUAGAUGCUGAAGACGUGGACGUAGACAAGCCCGACGAGCGGUCAAUUAUGACUUAUGUGGCACAGUUCCUACAUAAAUAUCCAGAACCCAAGACAACGGGACCAGAUGCUGUAGCCGCGGUCCAAGAAGAAUACGAACUUUUACGUGCUUGGCUCACAGAACGUGUAACGUUACUUCAACGGCAGUACGACACGAGAACGUUAUCCAGAAACUACAAUGACUAUCUUCUAGCAGAGAACGAUAGGCUUGCUCGAGAACCACUAUACAAUAAACUGGAGAAACUUAUGUAUACACAGAGUCUGGUAGCGAUCGCACCGAGCUCAUGGCGAGAAUUAGUAGCUCUAUGGGUGGAAUUAGAACGCAUUCACAGAAGAUGGCUUUGGCUUCUAGACUCAGAAUUACCAGGAGACUUCCGUGUAGUAGGCGAGUGGUUAGCCCGAGCGGAAUACCUACUAUACUUCGAUGAAAUCCCGACUACCUUAGAUGAGCGAACGGCUGCCAUCAUCAGCGAAAAACUCGAGGAGCACACCACGUUCUUCUUAGACCUCCCCGACGUCAUUGACCGUUUCGAAGCCGCACUCAGAUCUCCCGACGCAUCCAAAAUCCCCCCCGAAAGACUGCAGAACAUGAAGGAGCGCCUACAGACAGUGAGUCGUAACGCUCCGCAAAGAAAAGCGAGGCUGAAGUACCUCGAACACAAGUGCUGUAUCGUGGCUUUCACGGAAUUAACGAAGGCUAAAUUAGCCGCAUGGACCGGUAAAUACGGUCGAAUCGAUCACGUACGUGCCUUAUUAGAAGACUAUGAUAAUUUCGUCAUUAAGAAUAAGAUAUUCCAGGAGUUUGAUAGAGCUUACGUUGAUAUUAAGCAAGUGGCUGAGGAGUAUAAGAGAGUGUGUGAAAUUGACAGAAGUGAAGCGAGAGAGAUUGAUGUGUUUCUGAGAGAAGUGUCCGAAACGUGGAGGCGAGUGGCGUCGGAUGUUAGGUGCGCCAGGAGCGUGCUUGAAGAGGUGAUCGCCCAUUGGGAAAGGUGGACGAUGCUGUCAGACCAAUUUACCUCAUGGCUAGACAAAGCACAGCACAUGUUAAGAGUGUCCGAAGACGAGAGGUUGGAGUUCUUCCAAGAUUUGACAGUGUGGAAGGAGAAACACCAGAUGUUAGGUGAUGCUGCUGGUUUCUUAGCGGCGACAUGUACUGAGGAGCACAGUUCAGAGAUCAAGAGGAAAUAUGUGGAAAUCACAGAGAGAUGGGAGCGUGUAUGGGAAGAAGCAGAGAGAUACGUUCGAGGAGGAGAUGCUCUCCGACACAGACGAGAAUUGGCCAAUGGAAUUCAAACUUUGGACUCGUGGCUAACAGCAGCGGAUAAUUUGCUCUCUCGUCAUCCUCGAGCCAACACUGCGGACAUACAAGCAUACAUAGAUCAACUAUUGCAACUUAAUUCAGAAAUUGAACAACACGAAGAGUUAUUCAAGACUAUAAGCAGGACAUUCCAAAAUGCUAUCGCGGAUCUCCCCCGUGAUGAAGUUGAGGCGAAUAUGUCCAAGUUGAAGCAACAAAAAGAAGCUUUAGUCAGAGUUCGAGCCACGGUCCCUGUAAAGCUACACCAAUAUCGGCAAUUGUUGGUUCAACAUGACUCACUCGAAACUGGACAGAAAGAAAUUGGACAAUGGCUCGAUAAAGCUGAAGAAGCUCUACAUUCUACCACUGAAACUAGACGUGAGAUAAUAGAAGAAACAUAUGAAGUGCACAGAACAUUUUUCUCUCGAACCACUUACUACAGAUCAAUGCUGGAGAGUAAAAACAAAGUUUUCCAGAAUAUUGUCAAGGCAGCAGAUAAUGAUAAGAGUGCGGAUGUCAGUGACCAGUUAACACUCAUGAGAGAUUUAAAUGAGAGGUUUGCCCACAUAUCAUCAGAAGCAACGCGAAGAGAAGCAGAACUUCAACGUUUGGUGCGUGCCUGGGAAGAUUUUGAGAACAAAAAACGUAUUGUCGAAGAUUGGGCAUGUAGAGCUGAAGCACUUUUGGCUGAUAAUAGGGUGGAUAAUAAACAGGCUCUCCAUCUUCACGAGCGAUUUUUCCAUGGUGCCGAUGAGAGAGCAGUAUCUGAGCUCGUUCGUUCUGGACGUGAGCUUGUUGAGUUGGUAAGAGAGGAAGACAGAGCAGAUGUUGUGCGAACAGUGGAAAAUCUACAAAGGCGAUGGAAGGAACUUCUGGAGCAUGCACCGCCGCACCUUAUGAGACUGGAAUUCAAACUGGAUGAGACUGUUUUCCACCAUUGCAUCAAAGAUAUCGAGAAAGAAAUUGUGUAUGAAGAACAGGCCUUCAAUCAAAGUGAUGAUGCAGAUGGCAUCCUUAUCCGAAAUGAAGAAUACUUCCGUAACCAGGGUAAGGUUAUGCAGGUGGAACAAUGCCUGCAAAACCUGAAGAAGAUAUCGAGUAGUUACACCCAUCAAACUGGUGACAGAAGUCUCGAAGAGGAGUUGAGAAGAUGUGAACAACAAUGGGAAUCAACAGUACAUAGAGUGGAGAACUUCAGACAACAAUUGCAACAGAUCCCUGCUAAGUGGGACGCAUAUAGAGACAGAUUCCGAGAAAUGGAGAGGUGGAUGGAUCAUGUGGACAAGACAAUGGACAGUAUUGUCCGUGAGGUAGACUCUGCAGAGGCAUUUGAGAAAGAAAAGACAAUUUUUCAAAACAUAUGUCGAGAGGCAGACCGCAAGCGUGAAGAUAUGAAAUGGCUUGUACAAACCUUAGACAUGCUUUCUAAUCAUUGUUCCGACAAUGAAGCUCAAGAGGAACAAGUUCGACUAGAGAAUCUCAUCUCAAGAUAUAAGAAUCUCAUACCGACUAUUGAAAUAACUAUGAUAAAGACUGAGACAUAUACGAGGUGUUAUACUUACAGACGUGAAGUACACGAAGUUAUAUGUAUUUUAGAAAAUGCGAAGAAACAAGCAAUGGUUGAACCUGAGCCGCAAUCAUUACAACAAGUUGAGCAAUUAGUACUUGAACAGCAGGCCACAGUUCAAAAACUUGACAGGCAGAGACCUUCAGUAAUAUCUAUGUUACAACGUGGCAAGGAUCUAAUUAAAGACGCCAACGCACCAGCUUUCGUAAGAGAAGACGUAAGAAAUCUAGAAACCGGUUGGAACGUUGCGUACGAAUCUAACACAGAUCGCCUUCAUAAGCUUCGCGAUACACAAAAAGUCUGGUCCAACUACGAAUAUCAAAAAGAAGAGUUGCUUUCUGAUAUUGAUAAAAUCGAGAGCUUUGUAGCUCAUCCUGGCUUGGAACUUGGCGUAUCUAGCAUUCACAGAGAACUUCAAGAAACCCAAGCCGUUAAUGCCGAUAUAGAGAAGGCUAAAGUUGAAAGAUUACCCCAGUUGCAACAAGCAUAUGCAGAGUUAAAAUCCCUCACAGCUAAUAAACCGAAACCAGUUAUAGAGAAGGAUCUAGAAACAAUAGAACGUAAAAUAGACAGAGUACAAGACGAUGUACAGACCAAAGUUGUUCAUCUCGAGAAAUUUAAUGAGGAAUGGACUAAAAUUGAACGUAAACUUGACAGUGUACGUGAGUGGAUUAAGAAGGAAAGUCCAGCUCUGAUAUCGCAAAUACAGUCUGAAAACAUAACACCUGAAGAACGCGUGGAAAAGUCACAAAGCUUACAAAAGGUCAUUGGUGAGAAAAUGGAUAUAAUUAAAAAUGUUGCUGACCAAGGAAACAAAUUGGCUGUUGAACAUCGGGUCCAAGAUUCAAAUAGACUUAAGGGUGAGGUUGCCUUACUAGAAAAAAUGAUGGCUGACUUACAAAGAUCCACAGAACAACAGACCAAAGUAGUUGAACAUGAUCUGGUUAGCUGGCAAAAAUAUCAAAGAGGGGUUGCUGAAAUAAAACCUUGGAUAGAAGAAGCCGAAAUAAAAUUAGGUAGUUUACCCAAACCAACCACGUUGGUUGAAGCUCAGCAACUGCAGCAACAGUCGCGAGCACUGGUCACAGACUGUGAUAAACAGCUUAUGAAUCUACAGAUCUUAUCUAGUGUAAGUCAUCAAUUAUCUGGUAAAACUAGCGCCCCAGACGAAGUAGAUGCUAUUCAGUCGAGAUGGGCUAUUGUUCAUGACUUAGCGGACCAAUGGAAUAAUAAGCUAGAAAAAUUAAUUAUUAAUUGGGAACAUUUCGAAAAGGAUGCCGAGAAAAUUGAAUCGUGGAUAGAUGAUGGGGAAAAAUUACUGAACAGUCGUAAUGUAAACGUUGAUACGCCGCAAGUUGAAAAACUAGACCGGGAACUAAACAAAUUAAAAUCAUUUGGUAACGAAAUUUCACAACAACAAGCAAAAAUCAUUACCCUUUCUCAAACAUGUGACAAUAUAUGCCAUAGUGUACAACCGGAAGGCGCUAAUUUAUUGAAAAACAAAGUUAACGAUAUUAAACAACGGACUAAUAAUCUUGCAGAGACCGUUCGAUCUAGAAUAAAUGACUUGUCAGAUAAAAUUAUAGUUAAGCAAGAAUUUUUGAGUAAAUUACAUAACUUUGAUAAUUGGAUAACCGAUUUCAGAAGAAAAACUGAAAGUUAUGAUCAAAUUGGUACUGACAAAGUAGAGCCAACGCUUCAGUCGAUGCACGUGUUACUACAGGAGCAUGCAGCAAAAGCACCUGAAUUUACAGAUAUUUAUAACGAGGUUAAAAACAUGACUCUUGUGUCUCACCCCGAAGAAACUCGAUCAUUGAGUGAUACUUAUUCAAAUAUCGCGGAUCAUUACCAAAUUAUAGAAAGUAACAUUCAACAGAACAAAACUAUUCUACAGAAAUGGUCCGAGUUAAUAAAUUGGUUUGAUGAUAAUAAGCAGCAAUUAACGCACAUACAAUACCAAGUUGAUGGGCCAAAAUUGACCGCAGAGAGUUAUGACGUUUUAAGACAAGAACUAGUAAAUAUUAUAACAAAAGUACCAGAAUGGAAAGCUAAUGUGGCUUUACUAGAUGGUCCUUCAAAGAUUAAAGUCACGGAUCAACACACGGGAAGACUUAUUUCACCAACGAGUUUAGUGAAAGAGAUUGAAACAAAAGCAGAGACUUUGCUUAAUCAAACCAUUACAAAAAGAGACCUUGUGCAAAAAGUUGGCGCUCGCUGGGAUAAGUUUAAUAUUCAGCAUAAAGCCUUAGGUGAAAUUUUACACAAUAUACAAUCUUCUCUGAAUGAAAUGGCGCAAAAACCGGUACCGUUGACUGAUACUACUAUUCAAGAAAUUACUGAACAACUUGAUGGUUUAGAUUCAGAGCUGAAAGAAAAACAAGUUGUGAGAAAAGAGUUGCGAGAGGAAGGCCUUCAUUUAAUGCGAGAAGAUCAACAAAACAUGGGUACAAUUCAAAACGCUCUAUCGGCUGCGGACAAUAGCUGGGAUCAAAUAGUUAACGCCGUUCGUGAUACUAAAAAUAAAUACAUUUUACUUUCAUCUACAUUGCAAGAGCUGAAUAACUUUAAUGUUGCUUUCGAUAGAGAAAUGACUAGAGCAGAACAGUUGUAUAACGAAUGUAAGGAUGCGCCAAGUGAUUACAUUCAGACCGCGCAAUCAUUAGAAAAGGGUAAAAAGUCUUAUGAAGUUUUAAAACGAUCUAAGGGAUUAUUAGAUCAAAUGGACGUAAUUAAACAGUCUGUUUUGAAACAAGCUUCUACGCUGGGAGGUUUUGACACAUCUCCAUUAGAAGAGGCUUUCCUAAAGUCACAAACUCAUUGGGAGAAGGUAAACGACGCCGUUAUAAAAAGAAUUCAAGACUUAGAUUCCCAACUAUUAGUUUGGCGACAAAUCGAUGAUGUUAAAAACCAAGUUGUUCAAUGGUUAAGUGAAACAGGACAAAACUUGGCCAACGCUUGCGACAAUUUAGAAAUAAGAUUUGGCCAAAACCAUCUCAUGAAAUACAAAGAAGAAUUACCAAUAUAUUUAGGCCUAAAGAACAGCAUUAUGGCUAAGUGUGAACAAAUUACUAAUUUAAAUAAAAGUAUACCUGUAAACCAAGUGUCAUCAAUCGUUGAAUAUUUGGAUAAUGAAUUUGAAGCUCUUAAAUCUUUAGCAGAGAAUUUAGAGAGUGCUCUAUCCUCCCUCGAAUCUAAGGAAAACAAAUUUAAAGAUAGUAUUAAACGCCUUUCAGAUAAAGUAAGCAAAGUGCGCGACGAUAUCAUAAAAUGUGACGACAUGUCCGGUGACAGUAAUAAAAUAUUAGAUCGUUUGAAAAAGUGUCAGUUAUGUAAAGCCGAACUUCAAAAUUUGAAUGAGGAAAUAGAUAAUUUAUCACAAAAUGUUUCAGAGAUGAACGCAAACUAUCCUGGAUUUUACGAAUCGCUAGUACCCAAAGAAUUAAGUAAUCUUCAAAAAAGAUUUGAGAGCGUUUUGACACAUGCAAAUAAAACUGAAACAACACUUCUUACAUUCUUACAGAAGUCAUUCACAGACAAACUGAGUAUGUUCAAUAGAAAUUUAAAGAUAUUAGAUGACAAAACAAGGUGGUGUAUGCCUGAUGAUAAUAGUGAUAAAUAUAAUCUAGAGGUUAAAAGUGCCGCGUUGUCUGAGGUUGGAUCCGGUAUAGAAGAAUGUCAAAAAAGAAUGAAAGAGUUAAAAGAAUCAUGUGAAACAUUACGUGUUGUAGCUGAACCUGCUAGUGCACAAGAAGCUGCUUUACAAACCGAAAAAGCUCAGAAGAACCUAGAAGUGCUUUCGUCAAAUUACGAUGAAAUUAAAAAUAGAUUGCAUGAAAAUAUUGAUGCUUGGCAAGAUUAUGAGACGCUGUUAGAAACUGUUUCAGAAUGGUUAAGGGAGAAAGAGAAUAGAGUUCGCUUAGAGGCAGCUAACCUAAGCGAUUUAACUGACAUUGAGAACAAAAUAAGCAAUAUUGAAGAUUUACACCUCGAAAUAAAAAAAUUCGAUAGUGAAGUAAAUAGGUUGACUGAAAUUGGAGAGAAUGUUCUUACUAAAAACCCAGAUUCUAGAGUUUCACAAUACAUAAGCCAUCUGGUUAAUAGAUAUCAAGCAGUUGAUAAAUUUGUAGAUACUCAUUUAAAACGUUUAAAUGAUUUGAAGAAUAACAGGGAAAAGUACAAUAAAUGUACAGCAGAUUUUAAAAAUUGGUUACAAGAAGCUAACUCUAAAAUAGCUGACUUGGCAGCUAUGAGCAAACAUUCUAAGCCUUCAGCUGCUGACUUGGCACAAAUCAAAAAACUAAAUGAGAACAAGGAUUUAGGACAGCGUUUGCUGAACAGCACUAUUGAAUCAGGGGAAUCCUUGUUUAGUGGAAUAACGCCUGAAGGUCGUGAAAAGGUAAGAAACGAAUUAAGAGCUUUAAGAGACUCUUUUGAAGAUUCCGUUGAUUCACUAAAUAACGUUAUUAAGGAUAUCGAAACAACUCUUAAUAAAAGAUCAUCCUUUGAUGACACGUUCAAUCAAGUCCAGAAAUGGAUAACAGAUAAAGAAAGUGAAUUGGGAGAAUUUAAGUUAUCGCCGACAUUACCGGAUAAGAAGGCUCAAUUGCAUGCAAACAAAAUAUUACAUCAAGAAGUUGAUCUGCACCAGUCUAUGCUUUCUCAACUAACAGAAAAGAUCAAAUUAUUGCCAGAUGAAGAAGCUGAAAAAAGUCUAGGUAAAGUUCUAGAUAAAUAUUCCAAUAUGUCAAAAGAAAUUCACAAGAGAAUUGAAGCGUAUGAAAAUCACGUCACGGAACAUGAAAAAUAUGUACAAAUAUUUGAAGAAAUUCGCGAUCGUAUCAAUCAUAUUGUUGCGGAAAAUAGUAUGAUUUACUACAGUGCUGUCACCCAAAAAGAUGAGAUUGACAAUAAAAUUUCUGUUAUUGAAAAAGUAACCUCUAAAUCGCAAGAUCUAGAUAAAUCUUUCAAGGAUCUUAAAGUUCGGUUGCAUAAAGUUUUGGAAUCUACAAGUCCCAAUGGCCACCCUAUUUUAAUAAGUGAAUUCGAACAAUUGAAAACAACGUGGGAUCAAUUUUCAAAUCAAUGCAGAGAACAAGAUAAGAAGUUAAAAGAAACGUUGCAACAGUGGAAUGAAAGUCACAAAACUCUUGAUGACCUUGAUGAAUGGUUAAAGAUAAAAGAAAAUCAAAUUAGAGACCAGAGUUUGAAAAGUACACUUGAUGCAAAAUUAGCACAUUUGCAAAGACUAAAAGAAAUUCAAAAUGAACUUGCGUCUAAGCAACCAAGUUUCUCUGCAUUAUCGGAAACACAAAAUUUAACUAGUGAACCAGAAAUUACAGUUAAAACAUCUAAGUUAGCUACCAGAUUCCACACCUUAAACAAUUUGGUUAAUGAAUUGAUAUCAAAAUAUGAAGUUUUUGUUUCUGAACACCAAUCAUUUGAAAAUGAAUAUAAAGAGAUGAAAAAUUGGCUAGGAGGAAUGCUAGGUGAACUACAGGAUCUGAAUGAAAUUGUGGGAGAUUACGCUGUGCUCCAAGAAAAACAAAAUAAAGCAAAAGACUUGUACGAGACAAGGAAUAAGAAAACGCCUGUUUUCGAAGAGUUUCUUAGUUUAGGCGAAAAACUUUAUGCGCAUACAAGCCCUGACGGUAGAGAAGUUAUCAGACAGAAGAUACGAAAGAUUAGAUCAUUGUGGGACAGUUUCGGCGAUAGUUUUCAAGAGACUGUCAACAAGCUGGAUCAGUGUCUUCUACAAUUUUCAGAUUUUUCUUUGGCUCAAGAACAAUUGACAAAAUGGCUAAAAGAUGUAGAGCGAGCUAUGCAAAAGCACACUGAACUUAAGGCAUCCUUAGAAGAAAAGAAGGCUCAAUUACAAAAUCAUAAAAUAAUGCAUCAAGAAAUUAUGACCCACCAGCAACUCGUCGAGUCAGUUUGUGAUAAAGCUCAACAAUUAGUUGACCAAACGCACGACGCUUCCCUUAAUGUAUAUUUACAGUCCAUUAAACAAUUAUUCCAAAACAUAGUUACAAAAUCUCAAAAUCUGCAGGAGAACUUAGAAGAUUGUGUUAAAAGACACGAAGAUUUAAGUCGUUUGAUUCAGAAAUAUAAGGAAUGGAUAAGCAGUCAAUCGGAAAAGCUAAUGGACAUUGAAAAUGCAACCGGAGAAAAGCCUGAAAUCGUACGAAAACUACAGUCUGCAGUUGCCUUGAAAGAUAUAGAAAAAAUUGGUUCCAGCAAACUAGAUGAAAUCCGAUCUGUAUUUUCUGUAGUCAGUAAGAGUACAUCAGAAACUGGAAAUAGUGCAAUAAAAACAGAAAUUGAUAAUCUUCAACAACAAUUACUUAAAGCCGUUCAAAGCAUUGAUGUAUCAGAACAAAAAUUAAAGCAAACACUAAAUGUAUGGAAUAAUUUUGAGACAACAAUAGAGAGUUUAUCCGAAUGGCUUAAAGAUAUGGAGUCAAAGUGCCGUGAUCAGGCACUCUGCUCCACAUUACAAGAAAAGGAAGCACAGUUACACCGGUACGUCGAAUUGCGCAACGCCAUACAUGCUAAAGAAAAAGACGUCGACAACUUUGUUGAUGAGUCACAUAGCCUUAUUCAGUUAAGUGGAGUCGAACGACUUAAACCGCUUGUAACACAAGUCAACAGUCGAUACCAGCAAUUGCAUUUGAUUUCGAAGGAAAUAGUCACCCAUUGGUCGGAAUUAGUUGGGGACCAUAAGAAAUUUGAGCAAUUGCAAAACGAAUUCGAUUUAUGGCUAAAGCCGUUAGAAGAACAACUGUCGAAAAUGAUAGGCGAUAAGCUUAGUAUUGACAAGAAAGGAAAUAAGUUACAAGUUUUCCUAUUGGAAAAAGACAAUGGUGAACAUAAAAUGGUUAUAUUAGUAGCAGCAGGUGACAAGGUAUUGCCUGAAACUGCUGCUUCCGGGAGGGAGAAUAUUCGUAAUGAUAUAAGAGCUUUAAGAGAAAGAUGGGACAAAUUUAAUGAUAAUAUCUUACAACAGCAAAGAGAGUACGAGUCCCAAACUUUGCAAUGGUCGAGUUAUCGAGAUGUCUUGCAACAGACUUUGUCAUGGUUAGAUGAAAAAGAAAAGGUUGUGGAAAAUGAGGAGAAAGCAAAACUUAAUUCCGCGCAAGAAAUUAAAAGUAAAAUAUUAAAAAAUAAAACAUUAUUGCAAGAAAUAUACGCGCAUAAAAGAGUAAUAGAAACUGUCACAGAUAAAGCCAAAUCCGUAGCUACUAGCCUUCAAUCAGGUACAGGUGAAACAGAUGAAACUGCUUCUAUUAUCAAAUCUAUUUGGGACAGGUACAAUGCGCUCACAAAUAGACUGGCCGCCAUUAUCGAUAAACAUGAAAGUUCCUACGAGAUAUAUCAACAAUUCACUGACCAACAAAAAUCACUACAGGAUUACCAGAAGAAUUUGUGGGAUAGACUGCACCUCUUGUCAGAUUUUACGGGCAACAAAGCUGCAUUACAAAAUAAAUUGGCGAAAAUUCAAGAACUUCUUGACGCUAUACCAUCGGGUAAUAAUAAACUUAAGAUGUUGUCAGACUUAAUCGAAAGUCAUUCUGAUAAGUUGUCACCUCGUGGGAAGGAUGGUAUGUUCCGCGAAUUGGGCAUACUUAAAGCUGAUCUAGAGAAGUUUACAACGACUGUACACGACGUGAAGCGUGGUAUUGAAGAUAAAAUCCAACAAUGGAUGGAGUUCGACAGUGCCAGUGACCGUUUGCAGCAUUGGCUUAGCGACACUGAAAUGAGUUUGAAAACCUACACACCUAAGGCUACGCUGGAAGAGAAGAUCGACCAACUCAAUAAAUAUCAGGAUUUGAGUAAAGCGAUUGAUAAUCACGAAUCUGAUUUGAGUGCUGUCAUUAGUUUGGGAGAAGCGUUGGAACAAGCCAUUUCAGCUAACUUGAAAAAGGCAGAAAAUGAUGUAGACAAAGUCACAGAUGAAUUUAGCGAUCUUAUUGAAAAUUGUCAUGACACCAGAAUUACAAUGAACUUACAACAAAUGACGUCCAGAUUCCAGUCGGUUCAUUCCACAGCUAAAGAGUUAGUUAAAAAAUGCCAACAAACCGUUAACGACCACAACGCGUAUCAGGAGAAGUAUAAGCAAUGUACAGAUUGGAUCACUGCAGCUCAACACCAGUUUGACGAAUGUCAAAAAAAUUUAUCAAACACUCCUGAAGCUAUUAGUGUAAAACGAGAAAGCUUAAAUGAGUUAUUGUCUCAAAGACGAAACGCUACUCUGCUUGUCAAUAAUACAUUUGAAUUAGGAGAGAAAUUAUAUCCUUCCACUUCAUUAGAUGGCAAAGAGAUUAUUGAACAACAACUUCACGAUAUACAACAAGCUGUGGACAAUCUAUACGACAGUAUUACUAAGGCGGAACGAAACUUAGACUCUGAAUUAAACAAAUGGUCGUCGUUUGAAGAUAAUCUAAAGACAGUCCAAGAAUGGCUUGCGUUAGCGGAAAAAAAUCUUCCGAAAGAGAUCGAAUUGAAGGCUACUUUGGAUGAAAAGAGGAACCAAUUGAAUGUUUACAGAGAUUAUUUGCAAGAUGCACUUUCUCACCAACAAGAUAUCGCUGAACUUGAAAUGCGGGCUCAAAAUCUGCCGGAUAUAACGGAAGACAUUAAGAAGAAUAUCGCCCAGUUAAAACAAAGACAAGAAACUAUUCUUAAACGAGCUAAAUCAUUCGUUGAACAAUAUGAAGCUAUUGUCAACAAUCAUCAGCAAUAUACAAAAGCAGUUAUGGAGUUGCAAGAGUGGGUGGAAGCCACUCACAAUACUGCUCAACUGUGGGGAGAUCUUAAUCUGGAGAGAGUCGCCUUGAGCAGUAAUUGCGAAAAAUUAAAAUCAUUACAAAUGAGUAUGCCAGAAGAGAAAAGUCGUAUUGAUAAAAUUCGAACAAUCGGCGAAAAAGUAUUACCUGGUACGAUCAGUAGUGGACAAACCAAUAUUAGAAAUCAAAUUGAUACAUCUCACCAAGAGUGGGAAGGGCUAAUAUCAUUUAUAAAUAAAACAAUUCAAUCCCUGGACAAUAAGAUUCAGCAAUGGAAUGAAUACGAAAAUAUGAAAGAUCAAUGCUUGGCGUGGAUAAGAAAUACUGAUAACCAAAUUCAUGGUGUCGACUUAAAGGCGACUUUACCAGAAAAACAGGAACAAUAUAAUAGAUUCCAAGAAUUGCAAGGAGAGGUCCGGGCCAAGGAACUCGAAAUUGACAAUAUUACGGAAAGAGCUCAACACCUGUACACGGGGAUGUUAGGACCUCGUGGAUCUCAAAUAUCCGAUUUAACUGUCAAAUAUCAAACACUAUGUCAAAGAGUUAAGGAUUUGACCAAUAGGUGGCAGCAAUAUGUAAAAACACAUCAAGAAUUUUCUAGUAACGUGACGGAAUGUUCACAAUGGAUUGAAGAAUUAAGGGAUAAGCUUGACUUUUGCUCCGAUCUCAGUUCUUGUUCUCAGGAUGACCUAGAAACAAAACUGGUACUUAUACAGAACUUGUUACUUACUAAAGAUGAAGGAUUCACGAAAGUACAGUCCUUAGUAGAACUUGCUCAGAAUGUAUUGGCUAAUACAGCACCUGCCGGACACGACGCUAUCAAUAAUGCGUUAGUAGCAUUGCAAGAGCAAUGGUCCGCCCUUUUGUCGCGAAUGAUUGAUACCAAGAAUAUUCUAGAUGAUUCUGUUACGAAGUGGGCUGGAUUCUUGGAACAGAUACAAUUAAUCGAAAAAAGUAAUACUUGGUUGGAAAACAUGCUAUCAGAAUUAACACCGUUCUCAGGAUCCAUGACUGAUAAAAGAGCGCAACUAGAAAAGCUAAAGGAAGUUGAAGAAAAGGCUCGGUGUGAUCGCUUAGAGGUGGACAAUUUAAAAUCUAAAGCUUCUGAAAUGCUAGCCAGCGGUCAACAGAAUCAAGCAGCUUCUAAAGCACAGGAAACAUUGAAUAAAUUUGACACAUUAUACGAUAAAAUUAAGAAGUUACUUUCUGACCGAGAAGAACAGUACAAGGAUCAUCGAUUAUACAAAGAAGCGCACGACGAGCUUAUUCAAUGGCUUGGAAGGGCGCGAGAAAAGGUUCCAUCUUUAAAAUCUAAACCACUCAGUGAUAAACUUGCAAUUGAAAAUUCCGUUGCACCACUCGAUGCUUUGAUUAAUAAGCAAGCUCAAGGUGAACUUCUUCUAGAACAUCUACAACACACGGGUGAAGUAGUGCUAGCGAGCACAUCGCCGGACGGACAAGUCGUUAUCAAAAACGAAAUGACUGCGCUAAAAGAAAGUUUCGAUCAGCUCUUCAAUGAAAUUAAGCAGCAAAAGAGUCAGUUAGAAGAUGUUGUCAAUCAAUGGCGAGAAUACAAAGAUGAAUAUGAGAGAUUGUCUGAUUGGUUACAGCAAAAAGAAAUCCUUAUUAAAAAUCACAAAGUUGCCUUGUUGGGCACAGCGAAGGAAAAGGGAGGACAAGUCAAUGAGGUUAAAGAAAUCGUCGAUCAAUUGACCAAAGGGAAGGCCGAUAUCGAAAGCUUUAAUGCCUCAGCUGCAGGGCUGCUCUCAUCUCAUUUAGACACUUACGUUAAUAAUCAGUUGCGUCAUUUGAAUUCGAGGUAUCAAGUCCUGGUCAACAUGGCUAAUGAUGUCUUGAAGAAAGUUGAAAACAACUACGAACAGCAUCAGGCUUACGACGAUAAUUAUGCCAAGACAAAGAAAUGGAUCGACGACGCUUGGGAAAUCACGCGCAGUGGAAGCGAAGCAGGGAGCAAUAGCAGCAAGGAGGCUUUACAAAAGCGCUUGGAACAAAUAGAAGACUUACUCAAACGUCGCGAGGAAGGUCAGAAUUUGGUACACGCUACAAUUAACAGCGGAGAAAAAGUCUUGAGAAAUACAAGAUCGGACGGAAAAGAUAAAAUAAAUACGGAAAUCAAAGAUUUGCAGAAUGAAUGGGAUCGGCUCGUUAAGAAAAUGACUACUGCUAAAGUACAUCUCGAGACAGCUCUGUUGCAAUGGGCCGACUACAGCUCGAGUUAUUCCCAGUUGCAGCAAUGGAUAUCGGACAGGGAAGCCAAAUUGCAAGAAGUUUGCGAACAGAAAGUCGCCAAAUCAAAGAAAGGACAAGAUCGACUGGCCGGCCUCACAACAGGGUUGAGCCUCGGCGAGAGGAAAGCGACCCUACGACAAACCAAUAAUAUUGUACAAGAUAUCGUUUCGUUUGAACCAAUGAUUCAGUCAGUUACAUCUAAGGCUUCAGAGUUGAUGCAACAAGCUCCUGCGUCGGAAAUCACCAGCAAGUAUGAAAAUCUUUCGAAACAAGCCAAAGACCUGUAUGAAAAGCAAAGAGAAACGGUGGAACAGCAUCAAGCUUUCAUCGACGCAGGGACAGAUUUUGUUCAAUGGAUUAGAGCUGCUAAAGAGAGACUAGGGAAGUGCUCGGACGCUACUGGCGAUAAGGAGUCUUUGAGCAGUAAGAUUUCACAAUUGAAGGUUCUAGAGAGCGAAUUGCCUGAUGGCCAAGCGAAACUUCAGAAAGCGUUAGAGCAGGGAGAAAUAUCUUGUGGACUGGCUGAUGAAGAAGACAGAGAGGAUAUAGAAGAGGAAGUGGCUCUUAUGCAAGAAGAAUACGAUACUUACGUUGAGCAGCUGAACAAUACAAAGGCACUCAUAGAAGGCGGUAUCGUGAAGUGGACGGAAUACGAAGAACACUACAAAGAAGCCUUGGAAUGGCUGUCUAAGACUGAGACACUGGUGCAAUCCUUUAACAAACUUCAGAAUAAUCUAGAGCAGAAGAAAAUUGUACUGGAAGAGUUCCAAGGUCACUUACAAACACUAUUUGAUUGGCAAGCUGAGCUGGAUAAAUUGAACAUGCGCGCACAAACAUUACUAGAAACAUGCGCAGACACAAGAAUAUCAAAUGGAAUCACCCAGCUCACCACCAAGUAUAAUGCGUUGCUGUCAUUGGCUAAGGAAGUCAUGAAACGCUUAGAACUACACUACCAGGAACACCAACAACACAACGCCCUCUACGGGGAAUGCCAGGACUGGCUCGACAGGACUCGGGAGAAACUGAACCAAUGCGCCGAUAUCCCGAACACCCUCCAAGAAGUCAAUCAUAAACUCAACACUGUCAAGCUAUUGCGCCAAUCUCUAGAACAAGGCCAAAACAAGCUAAGAUAUCUGUUAGAAUUGAAAGAGAAAGUUAUAAUGAACACGGAACAAACCGGUGCAGCAAAAAUACAAGAAGACACGGAUAACCUGAAACAAGAAUUCGAUAAGCUUAUCGCUGACUUGCAAGACGUCCGUAAUAAGCUCACUAACAGGGCGUCUCAAUUUGACGACAUCACUAAAGUACACAAAGGUCUAGUUGAAUGGCUCGACGAUAUAGAUCACAAAAUUCAAGCUGAUGAUUCACUUCUCAAUGAUUUGUCAGAGAAGAAAGCUAAAUUGGAGAAAUUCAAGACCUUUAAUAGGGAUAUUGAUUCACAUAAGGAUUUGGUAAAUAAGCUCAACGAGAAACUACAAGAAGACGCCUCACUGAAAACCAAAGAUUUUGAGGACACUCUCCAAAGAUAUGACGACAUCAAGAAAACUGUCAACGAUAUGAUUAACAAACUGGAAGACUAUGUGAACUCUCACAUUCAGUACAAAGAAUCAUACGACACUUUCUAUGACUGGAUACGUAAUUGCAAAAUUGAAAUACAACAAUGUGCUGACUCCCACGGUGAAAAGGAGGAGGUGCAAAAGAAGUUGAAGAACGUCAACAAAAUCAUGAGUUCGCUACCUAAAGGUAAAGCUUUACUGGAGAAAGCCGUCACGCUCAGUGAGGCUGUCCUCGAAACCACGGGUAAUGAAGGAAAGGACAAUAUAAACCAAGAGAUAAAACAAUUAAAGAUUGAAUGGGAGAACUUGCAGCAGAUUUGUAAGGACACCAAGAAGCUUCUAGAACGAUGCUUGUCCGCAUGGGCCGACUUCACGGAGACUUCCGAGAAAAUGACCAAAUGGGUUAAGGAGUUCGACGGAAAAUUGAACGAUGUAAAAAAAGUCGACAAAAUCACUCCGGAGUACCUAGAAAAGUGUCGCGAUCUCUUAGCGCAAGCUUUGGCAAAUAAGCAUGUGCUCGAAGAAUUAAACGAUAGGUGCGAAAACCUCAUGGAGCAAAGCGCAUGCGCCUGGGUUCGAGACAAAACGGUGAACCUUCAGACCGAGUACACUUCUUUACUUACAAAAAUACAGAGCCUCGUCUCAAACGGAGAAAAGAACUUAUCAGACCACACCGAGUUUAUCAAAGCAAAGCAAGAACUUCAGCAAUGGCUAGAGACGGCACACGGCACAGUACACGAUUCUAUAGGAGUCGGUGAUAUUGAAACAACUAAGGACAAGCUGGAAACCAUUAAGCUGGUCACUAACAGAAUGACUGAGGGACAUCAUUUGCUAGUCGUACUUCAAGAGGCGUUCAAAAAGGCGCUUAAUACCACCCCUCCAGAAGAACAAGACGCGCUUAGAAACGACGUCAAAGUGCUACAGGAAAGCUGGGACCAGCUUAAAAUAGACUUGAAUUCCAUAACAGCUCAACUUAAAGCGGCUAUUGGCAAAUGGGAGGACUUUGAAGAGUCAAAGAAUAAAUUGAACCAAUGGAUCAAGGAUACGGAGCAAAACUUGGACAAAGUACCCCCAACUGGCGGCGAAUUGGGUGAAAUGAAGACGCUUCUUGAAAAAUACAAACAUAUAGAGGAGGAGAUAGACAACAAAAUGCCGGAACUGCAGCGUAUAAAGUGCGAAGGAAACGAACUAAGCAGCUGGGCAAGGAAACCGGCAGUAAAGGAGGCGGUCGUCGAUGUCGAGAACAAAUGCGACGCGCUGCGUGUCAAGUGUGCGGCGAAGAAGGCGGAACUAGAAUCUGAAAUCAAAGACUACAACUAUUACCACCAGUCUCUCCAAGACACGGAAAAAUGGCUGCUGCAAAUUUCAUUCCAACUCAUGGCGCAUAACUCCCUAUACAUUUCUAAUAGGGAACAAACUGAGGAGCAGUUGGCCCAGCACGCGGUUCUUCUCGAUGACAUUCAGAAAUACCAGUCGACUCUAGAUGACCUGGAAGCUAAAGGUCGCGCUCAGAUCGAGAGAUACGAAGCGACGGCGCCAUCCAUUAGAGAUACUGUUGGAAAACAAUUGAAGAACGUCAACGACAGCCACAAAAGCCUACUAGCGACUGCGCUGCAAAUUGAGAGGCGGUUGAGAGAGGGAUUAGCCAAGUUCAAGGAGUACGAAGACACGCUUGAGAGCAUAUUGAACAAUCUGGACGAAUGCGAACCGGCCAUCACUGAGCUGGACGUGCCCGUCGAUGGAUUAGCACACGGCAGGGAUUUGCUUGAGAAGGCCAGGGGCCUCCACAACCGUCUUCAAACGGAGAAAAGUAGACUCUCAGCUGCCGUAGCGGCAUGUUCUGCUGCAGCAGCAUCAGUGUCGCGACCUUCCUCGCCAGCUGACAGCGCCCCACUGCCCAUUCCACCUCGGGAGUUACACGUUCGUGCCAGACUAGAAGAUCUCAUUGACCAGGUUCAAAGUCAUCUAGAUACUCUCAGGGAUGCAGUGCAAGGUAUGGAAGAAGCUAUGAAGCAAGUGCUGGAAAUUCAAGAUUGGAUAAAUGUCCACAAAGCUUUGGCUAAUGAUUGGCUCUCGAACCCGUCUAAGCUCCGACCAGACGCUGCUAAACAAGAUAUGGCCGCUAUGAAUGACGCUUUAGGCUCACUGGCCGAAAAGAGAAACAGAUUAUUUACGGAAAUACCUACUGAAGGUCUCGAAGAUGAAAUUAACCUUGAAGCAGAGCUAACAGAAUUAGAACAAACCAUCCUUAAAGCUAUAGAUAGAGAAAGGGGUAACCAGGGCAUCAUAGAUGACUUCCGCCACAAAUGUCAAGAAAUACACGACUGGUUUGACGCAGUCCUCAAAAAAAUGUGUUUGGCUGAUAAAGGAUCGGGCCUACCUUGUCCACAGAAACUAAACGCGUUGAGAGAACUUUCGUCUGAAUUCGACCAAGCUGGCAAAGAUAAAGUAGAUAACAUAAAGACUAUCGGUUCAAAAGUAAUCAAUAUUGUGAGCAACUUGGAAUCACAACAAGUCGAAGAACAGAUGAAAUCAGUCGAGAGAAGAUACAAUGACAUCGGUAAACGCAUUCAACGAAAAUUACAAAUGCUCGAAAUCACGUACAAAGCUAUCGACGGAACUAAAAACGAAGUCGCUGCUCAAAACGAAUGGCUUCAAAACCAAAUUGACAGUAUUCAGCAUCCUGAACCCUUAGGCUUUGAAAGUAAGUCUGUAAAAGAACGUCAAAAGAAGAUGGCCAAUCUUCUUAAGGAAACAGACAGCAAAAAGACAGUUAUAGAUUCCCUUGAGAAGAAAGUUAGCAACAUUCAAUCUGAGUUGGAACCGUCAGAGCAAAUGCAAUUGGAAUCUGAACUUAAUGAGCUGGCCUCCAAGCAGAAACAACUAUCGUCUCUUAUCAAACAAGAAAUUGAAAGAUUAGGCAGCUGCCAUGAAGUCAGGAAGAGAUUGGAAAAUGAUAUGGAGAAAGCUAAAAAUUGGCUCAAAGCUAAACUGGCUGAAAUCAAGAAACUGGGUGGAGCAGUACCUCUAGAAGCGGCAAAAAUUGAAAAGGAAGCUGUGGUUCAUAAGAAUCACCAGACAGAACUGGCUGCUUUCCAAAACGAUACUCUUAAUGAAGUUUUACGACAAGGUAAUGCUGUUUCUAAGGACUGCUCUACCGAGAACCGAGCUAAACUUCAAGCUAUGUUAGAAGACCUUAACAAAAUGUACACAACUGCCAAAGUAGACAUCGAUGACAAAUUAACAGCAUUAAACAAGUUGCUACAUAUUAGAAAUGAAUUUGAGGCUGAUGUAGCGAAGAUUCAGAGCUGGUUAAAUGAAGCUGAAGUAGCAGCUACACCCGAACUGAGAACAACAAGUCUGCAAUUAUUAGAGGAACAAUUAGUCAAAUUCGAGAAGCUCAGCAAAGAAGCAGAACAAGUAGAGAAGAACAUAAAUAAAAUCAAAGAUAAAUCUAAAGACAUAAUGGAUUCCUUAUCUGAUUCCAACAAGUUGCAACUUAAGGAACAAGUCAAUAUCCUGUCUGAUAGAUUUGCGAGACUUAAUGCUAUUAUUCACGAUAAGAAAAAUAUUCUAUUGAAACACAUAAAAGAGUACAAGGAUGCUGCUGCCAAGAUUGCUGCAGCCCUCGAUUUCCUCAAUGAGAUUCAGAAUAAAUUGAAAGCUUUGAACAAACCAAUCGGCAGUAAGGUUGAGGACGUCUUACCCGUCAUACAAGCAUACGAAUCUAUUCUAGAAGACUUGAAAAAGAACAAAGCCAUGCUUAAUGAAUUGCAAGGCGGUAACCUGCACGAUUUACAGGAUAUUUUAACGAAACAAGACGAUUUAAUGAGUACCAUUGAAGACCAAAUAUCAAAACUGAAGCAGCUGUUAUUGUUGCGUGAACAGUUCUUUGCACUCGUCAAAGAGAUUGAAGAAUUUAUCACAAAGUAUACUGAGUUGACAUCAGAAAUCGAAAGAUCUAACGAUUCUCUUGAUGAUAAAAUAAAACGAUACGACGAUAUCAUAGUUAAAAUACAGGGAUGUGAAGCAUUAUUGGCAACAGCUACUGACAAAGGUCAGCAAAUUGCCGCUGAAGGUACUGUUAUCGACAGGAAUAAUAUAACAGAACUGCUACAAUCUUUGAAACAGCAAUUGCUAACUUUACGGCGUACAGUUGAAUCCAAGAGACAGGAACAUGAACGAGCAGCCGCCGAACACAAGAAAUUGACUGCUGAUUUAUCUGAAAUAUUGCAAUGGCUACAUGACAAUGAAGCCGUAGUCCACUCUAGACCACUUCUAAACCGAGACGUUGCUAGUGUAGAUAAGAAACUAGUGGAACACGCGACGUUGGUUAAAAACGUUCAAUCUUACCUGGACAAACUGACAAUCAUCACGGAUGCCAUUAAAAACGACGACGGAGUACCUGGGUCGCUACUAGAAAUGGUUUCAGAUGGGAACUCACUCAAAACAUCGUUACCAGCGGAAUUAGCUAACAGAGAAAAACACUUACAAGAUAACAAAAAGUACAGACAACAAUACUUGCAAAUGGUUGAAAAACUGAACAUUUGGAUGAACGAAGCAAAUAUACGGCUUGAUAUGGGAAAGAACGGAACGGACUUUGAGAAUAUAGAAGCCGAUUUGGAAGAACAUAAGACUUUCUUCAGUGCAUCGGAACCGGAGAUGAAGGAUUUAGUCGGGAAGCGAAUGCAAGAUAUAGUGGAUAAAAUAUGGUCUUCGCUGACGCCGUCGGAGCAAGAGGAGUUGUCGAAAGAACACCAGAAAAACACGCAGCUGUUAAAGAACACCUUGAACUCGGCUAAGUCGCGGCAAGCACAGCUGGAGCAAGAUCUAGAAAUCUGGAAGGACUUCUGUCAACUGGUAGAGAAAAUAAAGGCCAUUUUGGAUAAGAACGAGAUUGUUGAAGAACCUGUGACCAGCGUUGAUGCUCUUCGAUUGCACUUGGAGAAACUUAAUCACGCCAAGAACGAUUUAGAGAACCAGCAGCCGCUUCUCGACGUUGUUCGGGAGCGUGCUCGCGAACUAUCAAGUGGCGCAGACGCAGCGAGCGGUGAACGCGUCGAGCAUCGAACCCGGGAGCUCGCUGAACGUUGGAACAUCGCUUGUGAAGGGCUAGCCAAACGUGCCGCAACAACUGAUUCCCAGCUCCACCGCUGGACCCAGCUCCUCGAUUCGCAGAGGAGCCUAGCCUCCUCCAUCACAGCAGCAUCAGACAGGCUUCGGCAACUAGACGCCAACCCGAGCACCAGGAGGCGCGCGGUCGACACCCGUCAUGCACUGCAGGAGCUCCAAGCCGAAGUAUCCAGCCUGGAAGAGAGCAGAGACGACUUGUUAGAGCACGCGGAUUUCGUCGUCUCCCUUCUGACACCGCAUUCGCAACAACUCGCACAAGACACGAGAACCGGAGUGCAGGAGCUAGUGGAGGCCUAUGAGAAAUUGCGACAGACGCUUGCGGCGAGACUCGAGGAGAUCGACAAAAUCGUUUCCGAGUUCGAUCGAGUAUCGGAGAACAUCGAAAAGCUCCGGCAACAGAUCGAGGUCUACAUCGCCAAAGUCGGGACCUUCUACGUCUACGGAGACGACGACGCGGAGGCGGUACGCGCUCUAGCGAAACAGGUCACAGAUCUAGUCGAUAAGACGAAGAACUUCACCGAGGAUAGCAGAAAACGAUACGGCGGCGCGGCGCCCGCGGACGUCGCGCAGGAGUUAUCGGCCUUAGAAUUAUCGGCGGAAGCUUUAGCCGCAGCGAUGGAGGAGAAGGAGAGGGAGUGGAAGAGAGCGAGGACGGCGCGAACGGAAUACGCCGCGGACGUCGAAGGCGUCCAAACGUGGGUCCGCUCCGCCGAGCUCACCGCUAGGGAGAGGACUCUCCCCCCGGAAGCGUACAAAGAACGUUUGGUGUCGACUAGGUCAGAAAUUCCAAGCGUCGCUGACCGUGUGGAAAGACUGACGCGCAACGCACGCGCGAUCGUAGAGGGAAGCAGGGACGCCGGUGAACGGCAAUUAAUCCAAUCUACAGUUACCGCGCUGGCGGAACAAUUUAGCGCGGUCUGCAGUGAACUGGAAACGCGACAGGCGGCCGUCGAGGACGCCUGCGAUGCCGUUGCCAGGUUCCUGGCUCUAUUGGAGAAGGUCCUGCUUUGGGUGGAAACGCAGCGUGCUUUCCUUGCGCGGCCACUUCCGUUGGCCGACUUGCAGGAGGCCCAACAGAAACAGACUGAAUACGGGAACGCUCUCAAGAGUUGUAAGCAGCAAGGUAAAAAUUUAGCGGACAUGUCUAAAGAAAUCGAAGCGAUCGAACGUGUCACGAGUCCGGGAGAUCUACCUUCGAGAUUAGAGGCGGCUGAAAAUGCGACCGUAGAUGUUGAAAAGAAAUUAGCUAAAACUAACGGUUUGUUACAAGAGUUGGCGGAAGAAUGGGAGAGAUGUGAGAAGAAAUUGAAAGACGUCGGACACUGGAUUGAAGCCACGUCCAGAACCCUCGAUGCUCCGCAGAGUGCGAAAAAGCCUCUCAGAGAUAGACUGGCAUUAAGAGAAAAACUUAUCAAUGAUAUUUCAACACAGAAAACAAAAAUAUCGUACGCGGUCGAGAAACUCAACGUUCACUUCGGGCCUGAAGGUGUAGCGUCACAAAAUCAGUUCCCUGAAGGUGUGCAAAUAGCUGCGCGGGAGUUGUGCGAGUCUUUGGAUUCGCUCAACGCUAGAACAUCAGCUCAAGCGCAACAAUUUGCGGCAGCGUUAGCACAAGUAGAGGCUUACUGCGCCGACAUCGUGCGCCUGCGGACUCAAUUGCUCGACGCCGAGCAACGUCUGAGGCACGCCGCUCAGCCUAACUACAGUCCUCGGGAUCCAGACACGAAACUCAAGCACCAACAGGAAGUCACCCGGCGUAUCGAAGAGCUGACUCGGAGCAUCUUCGAGUUGGACCCAUUCUACGUGAUGGAAGACGACCCGGCGGUGACUCUUGCGAUGCUCGUGUCCACUGCUGACAGAGCGCGCCUGAACCGCCGCCCGCGCUCUCCUGAGCGACGCGAAACCGCCCUCCGCGCGCGAAGCCCUGCUACCCCUGCCUGGCUUCAACCCGGCACCACUUACGCCGAGAUAGUGAAGGGUCAAAACUCGCGCUCUAGUUCUAUUAACUCUAGACACCACAGUGCGCAGAGACUCACGCACAGAGUGCAUACUCCAGAUCAUAUAGAGAGUGAAAUCAUAGAACCGGUAAUCAAGGAAAUUACCGUUGAAAGCGUAAGCCCCGAAAUCACAUAUCAUAGUGAUAGUGUACUCAGACAAUCUUCACCUAAUAUCAGUGACAGAAUGGAUUACAGUGAAACCGUACAGUGUCAUAGUAGUGAAAGUGAUAUGUAUAGUGAUAAUGUCCGCUAUGAAUCGGUUCUAGACACGCAAAAUUACUUAUCUUCUGAAUAUCAGAGUUUGGACACUGUGUCUUCCAAUUUGAUCUUAACAGAAGGAACGAGUAUUCCUCCCCAAGCUCGUGCCAUAAAUGAGCUACAGCCCCCUGACGAUAGGGCUAGAUCUCUUAGUCCAGCGACAAAAUAUAGAUCACAGGACCUAUCGUAUGCUGAAAUACUAGCGCUUGGACUUAAAAAGCAGCCAAAGACCCACAUAAUCAUGAGCUUGCCUAAACCACAAGUUGCACAUGUAGAGAUGGUUAAGGAAAUUACCGUUGAAGUUGAGAAAGCUCCACAACCGAUUGAACAAAAGACGCCACCACCAAAAUACAGAACUGAGCGACCAGAAAGGCCUCAGCGAAGCCGUUCAAGGGACAUGCCUCGUCAACGACGAGCUCCAGAAAAACGUGCAACAAGGGCACAUGACACACAAACUUUCAAAAAGAAGAGAAUAGCUAAGAAAGUAAUGGAGGUUAAGGAGUUUGAUGAUGCCCCUGAAAUAAUAUCUGAUGAAGUAUCUCCAUAUGUUGAAAAGCGCAACGAUGCGAAACGAGAUACAAAUGAGAUUGAAACUAUUCCAGUUAAAAAUCCUGAAAUAAUAAGUUGCCUUCCAGAAUCAAAAAAUUCAAGUGACAUCGACGAGAAGUCUGAUGAAAUAAUUGGCGAUGUUGCUGCUAAAAAGCAGAAAAAGAGGCAAAAACAAAGACGUAUUAAACCGAAUGAGGAUGAAAUUGAAAAAGCAUUGAAAGAAAUCGAACAAACCACUAAGCAAAAGAAAAAGAAAUCAAAGGGACUUCAUGAAAAAGCAAAAGGAAAUGUUGACAUUACAAAUAUAACUGAGUCUCCUGUUAGUCGUUUGGAAACAAGCCCACAUGCGGAUUACCCUCUUAAGAUAACUGACUCAAAAAUGAAAUGUGAAAACAUACAUUCUGUAAAAGAAAAGGACGAAAAAGUUCACUCCAGUUUUACUAAAAACAUUUUAGAAUUAAAUGUAUCUAAUGUGAGUAACAUUGAAAGUAAGAAAUCUAUUGAACAAGCUUCUGUAACAAAUUCAAAAAUGAAUAAAACGGAUAAUAAUAACGAAGAUACAAAAUCCAAAAAGAAAAAGAAGUCCAAAAAAAAUAAAACUAUCCCUGACACUCAGUCUGAAGUACAGACUAAAAUAAAACCAUGUCGUGAAACAGAUAAAAAACCUGAAAUAGAUUCGCUAUUGCGGCAACAUAUGGAUGAAAGCAACAUCAAUGCAAAAACUGACGCAAAAGAGAGUAUAAUAACUUUAGACUGGAAUACACUCAUGGAAGAAGAGAAAAAUAUUGCGGAAUCACCAGUUUCUUUUGGCAUCGAACAUAUUUCUAUCAAUAAUAUACCAACACAAGUGGCUACCGAAGUGGAUAUUCUUCCAGAAAGAAAUGAAAAUAUCACAGAUUCAAAGAAGAUCAAACCGGAAAAUAUAUUAGAACCUGUGUCUUCUACAACGUUGGUGGAAGAAACCAGGGAAGUUUCGCAGACAACUACAGCUGAAACUCUAAAAGAGGUUCAGGAAGAAAAAAAUCAACCCUCAGGACAAAAUGAUUUUGAAAUCAAGCAAGGUGAUUUGAUUAACUUCGAUUAUAGUCAAAUAGAAGAAAUACAGAAAACUGCAUCAGAAGUGCACAUAUUGCAAGAACGUAAUAACACCAAAUCUUUAUCUCAAACUCAAGAUUAUUCAUUAGGUGGUGGUAAAACCAACAAUAACUUUUCUAUUUCAAAGAAAGCCGACCAAAACGUUCAGAAUAUCGACAGUAACAUAGAUGAUACCAUAGUGGUAUCAACUGUUGAAAGUGAGCAAAAUAAUAACUAUAAGUUGUCAUCACCUCAGACAUCUAAAGAAGUAAUUGAUGUUGUUCAAGAGGUUCAAACUUAUGAACCCAAGGAAGUAGAUACUCAUACUAUUUAUCUUAUAACUCACGAAGAGAAAAAGUUACCCCCAAUAAGGACGGUAAAGGUUUUCACUAGUAAAGAAGGAACUUCUAAUAAAGCGACUAUAAUGUUGGAUGGUACUCAAGACAAGAUGGAAUCCUGUCAAAACGAAGAUAAUGCUCAAAUAAAUGUUGAGGAACAAAAAGCUUUAGAUCAAAAUAUAUCGAAAGCAUUCAAUUUAAACGAAAUCAUAAAAAUUGAUGAUGCAACGAAUACGAAGUCAAAGGAUACUACACUCAAUGAAAUAAAAACGGAAGUUGCACUCGUUAAAAAAGCUGAGUGUGGGAUAGAUUUGCCAGAAAAACAAGUAGAUCAAUCUGAUAAUUUUGAAUUAGAAGAAGUAAUAUUUGGUUCGGUGCAAGACAGAAAAAAACCUUUGUCUGAGAUGUUCGAAUCUUCCAUUCCUUAUCAAGCACUAAGAGAUGAAGUGAAAACAUAUUCUAUGGACUUAGAUUUUAAUACAUUAGAAUAUAAUUUCUACAAACAAAUUAUUAAAACAAAAACCGAGGACAAAACGAUUGAAGCAAGUCCAAGUAAUAUAUUAAUAUCUCAAUCGAACUUCAAGCCGAUCGACGAUGAAAGGACAUGUAAAGAGAUCGAUUUUUGUCAGCUAAAUACUAUUGUAAAGGAAAAUAGUGGAGUAAUCAAUGAUGGCGUUGGUACAUCGACGAAUUCGAAGAACUGUGUCACUAUGUACGAUAAAUCUUACAAUUAUCAAGAUAUUGACGAUUCUGAAUCAUUAUUAGCGACGUUGGCAACUCAGAAGCUAGAGAAACAAGACGUAAUGUCUAAUACAGACGAACCUUCAAAUCGAGGCAAUUUGACGUCCUGUAUUUCAUACGGUUCGUCUGAUGAUAAUAAAUCAAGCAUAAAUACAGAGAAUGGAAAGGAUUCGCAACGCCACUUAGUGGGUAAUCUUCUUCAGUGUGAGAUACCAAAGCAAUGCUAUUAUGAUAUGCAAGAUGCAGAAAAACUAUUAGCUUUCGCCAUAGAAAAAUCCCUGAUCGAUGGAAAAAAUAAAAAGCAAGAUAAUGUGCAUAUAAAUGAAUCGAAACGUGCUCAUAUUAGUCCUUUAAAAAGUUUCGAAAAGCCACAAAAUUCUGAUGAAAAACAAAAUAAAGAAGAAUAUUCAUUUGAACAAGCAACUUACGAUCGGUACGAAAUUAACCAAGCUGAAAAACAACUCGCUAUCCUAAAGACACAAAACCUAAAUACAGAACUCGACAAUAUUAACAUGAAUACAAUUGAGAAUACUGACAAACCUAAAGAUAUGAAUAAAAAUAUUCAAAAAGACGAUUUUGACGUGUUAUAUUAUUCCUAUUCUGACUUAUCAGACGCUGAAAAACUAUUGGGUAAAAUUUCUUUAAAUGCCCCCCGUGAAGCUGUAGAUAAUAGUGCCGUUGCUAAUGAAUGCAAGGCGAAAUUAAAUAAUACAAUCCAGACCGUUACCGCUGAACCAGAAAAAAUAAACAACUGCGAAAUAUUAAUGUUUGAUUUAUCGCCUUAUAGUUAUUAUGACAUAAUGGAUGCUGAAAUGCGAUUGGCCAAACUUCUUACUCAAAAACAAAAUGAUCAAUGCAUUUCUGAAACAACGCCAUCACCUUCCGCUGCAGAUAGGAAAACGAAUCCGAAUAAGGUUGUGAAAGAUGAAGUGAUUACUGAAACUGAAUUGUGUAACGAUGAUAUAGAAAAUGAUAUAGCAAUGCCCGUAAUUGAGACAGAUUUUGAACCAACAAAAGAAUCAAAGACAGAUUUUUCUGAAAUGAUACUGGAGCAAGAAAUCUAUGUAAAUAAAGGUGCAAUAUGUGAUGGAAAAGAUUUUAAAGAUAAACAUGAUAAAGCAGAACUAAAUGAUGUGUCUAGUAUAGAUAGAAUGGAAACUUCGUUAGUUAAUAUGGUUUUUGGUAACAUCGAGAAUAUGCACGUACCUCUUACUAAGCCCACGGACCAAGCGGAUACAGAAAUGUCUUCAAAAGAAGUCGAUGAAUUUUUAUUUGUUGACAUCAUAAAAGACAAUAACGAAGAUGUGGUUGAUUUUAAAGUAUGCGUAUCCUUGCAGGAUUCUAGUGACUUAAUGAAAUUCGAUAAUAAUAAAGCUAAACAUAUUCCUAUUAAGGAAAGUUCUUUAGAUAUAGUUGAAAACACUAUAAAAGUAAUACACAACACUAUUCAAGAAAAUAGUUUGCAAGCUUCACUUCAACUACCCGCAGAAGAGUGUAAAGAAAUUACUACUUCCAAAAAACCUAUUACAUUGAGUACAACGGAAUCAACAGAUUCAACAAACACAAGUGUAGUCGAUCGGUCUUUGAUUACUGAGAUUGUUUCAAAAAUGGACUAUGAUAAAAUACCUUCCGACGUAGAUGAAGAUUUCGAAAUAAUAUCUACACAGCUUAGUGAACUCCAAGAACCUGAAAUUAUUGAUUUUAACAAACCCCACCCUAUCUCGGCGGAGCUGGAAUUUAAGCCCCAGAUUAUUUCAAUUGAUGCCCAUCAGCUUCUACAAUCUGAUACGUCUGGUAGCAUGGAUACGGAACAAUGUACGGAUUUAGAUAAAUUAAAUAUGGAGUAUGAAAUUAUAAGCCCGCAUUCCGCUACAGAUUCAACGCGCGUUGAAAAGUCACCUAUCCAUAGCUUGCAUGAUCUUUUGCCCGAGAUAGAUUCUAUACCAGAGUUCAAACCUUCUUAUCCGAAUCCCAUCCCUUUCUUUUCUAAAUUAUCUGCUGAUGCACCAGAAUUUACCCCUUCCUAUAUGUAUAAAAGUAUUCAACCCGAACUAGUACCUGAGACUAUAGUAGAAAGCAAAGAGCAAUGUUCCAAUUUAUCAUUUAAAAAUAUUGACUGCACGGUAGCGAAAGAUGAAGGAGAAACAUGUUCGAUGCUUCUCAAAGGUAAGAAAGAAGACCUUCCAGAUGAAGAUUUCAAAGGAUAUAUAACUGAUUCUGUGCCUACAAAACGGAUUGAAAUAAAACGAGAUUCAAAACAAAAUCAAGAAAUCGUACUUACAGAGAAAUUAGAACCAACAUGCGAUUUCGAAAAAACAAAGGAUGAUAUUUUGACAUCGUUAAGUAGUACUGAAAAUGCAUAUCCAUUAAUUAUAGAUGAUAACAAGUCUUAUGCAGAUGUCGUAGCCGAUAGUUUGUUGCCUGAAGCAAAGAAUACGGAAUAUCCUGAUAGUUUUGAAAGUAUUGCAAUCCACCAGUCUAAGAGUUGUGAAGAAGUAUUUGAAAAGCACCCUAACGUCAUUCUUGCCAAGGAAGAGGCGAAUAACUCAUGGGCAAAAAUAGCAGCAACAAAAUGUCCUUCAAAUGUUCAUGCUGAAAAAAUUGAGCAACAAUCUCCCCCAAGAGCUAGUCAAAUUGCGCAUAAAGCUCCGGUUAUUUUGGUCGAUGAGGCUGGUGCAGAAUAUCACAAAGUCCAAAAAGAAGUCGAUGCUGAAGGGUUUAUCACAGUUGAAAGAAGUAGGCGUUCACGGUCAAAGUCGAGAGAUGUGCGUUCGACGUCUGUUCCUAAAAUGCAGCAAAAUGUUACAACUCGUGAUAAAUCUGAGAACAGGUUUGAUGCUUUAUGUGGUACUCUUAAAGCAGAUGAUGUAGAUUCGAAUCCAAGUGUACACUCGGAAGAAGAACAACAAGGAUCUAAACCAAAACAACGCAAGAGUAGAUCGUCAAAAUCUAAAGACAAAUCUGUACAGGUAACUAAAGUUGUCGAAACAAAGAAGAAGGAAGAUAAAUCUAAGGAGUGUACGAUUUUGUCCUCAGAAUAUGAAAGUGCAAACCUUUCAGUAACAAUAUCACAGCCGGAAAAAGAAAGCAAAAAGAAACCAAAGAAAAAGAAGAAAAAUAAAAAAUCGGCCAACAAGGAAGAAGAUAUUACCUGUGAUGAAUCUCCUGUCGUUGAAGUAAUGCCAGAUUCACUCAUAGAAUCACAGAUUGAUGAUACAACUAUUUCCUCAAGUGACUUAAUUAAAACGUCUGUUUCUACUCCAGACUCUAUGCACACUCCAGUAAAAGAUCGAUUUUAUUCAGAUGCACAAUUUUGGAAAGUAGAUGCUACUCAAGUGACCGAUAUAGAUAACCUGUCUGAAACUUUAAUGAUAGAAUUAGAUGUAGAACAAAAAAGUCAUUGCGCUACGAAUGCAGAAAAACAGAUUACGCCAACAGAACCGAUUACAGUAAAAGAAGAAAAAUCUGAAGUCUCUUCUCAACAAGAACAAGCACCAAAAGAAUUUAAUAUAUCAGAAGAACUAUCUCUGGAGUGUAAAAUGGCAGAUUUACAACGCGAGAUUGAGGAAAUGUUACUUCCAGAAAACGAUAACUCUGUCAUAAGUGAUAUAACACCAAAGGAAUUAAUAGACUCAAAUGCAUCGCUGGACGAACAAGAUGAAAUUUCAGAUAAUAUGUCUCCUUCACUUGCGUCGCCAGAACCUGACGAUUAUCAGCAACUACCAACGAUGCACUUGGAAAGUAAACCUAUUAUUGAAACUACAUCUUCAAAACCAAUAGAAGAACUACUCCUAGAAAACCCGGAGAUCAAUGAUUCCCUGUCUAUAAACAACCUUUUAAAUACUAACACCCUAAAUCAUUUGAAAACUGAUACAUUCUGGAUCGAAAAAUCGGUUAUUGAUGACGCGGAAACUCGUAUGAUAAAGCAAAUACUUAUAACAAAAGAUAAAUCUAAUAGUGACUUAAUCGUAAACGAAACUGAUACGGUUAAAUUAGAACAAAAUCUCAUGAAUGACUCUUCAUUUUGGCCUGAAAAAUAUUUAUAUCACGAUGCUGAAUGUCAUUAUUUCCAACAGAAGCAAAUAAAAUUAGAACCUCUGCCUAUAACCGACAUGCUAUUGACUAAAGACGACAACGACAAGGACCGCGACCCCGGUAGUGGUUCCGGUCACUCCUCUGACGUAGAGGAGAAGGAUCCUCUCGGGUCUUGCGGUUCGCCGUUCGAUUCUAACUAUAUGUCGAUGGACCUACCCGGUGGCAUCUGUAGUUGGAAAGAUCAAACUUCCUAUCUCAGCGUCGAAACGCCUACCGAUUCUCUGCUAGAAUCGGUGAGCGAAGACUUGUCUCGUAUAGGGUUCGAUAUCUCAGAGGAUUCACUAACCACCCCCACCCUAGAACCUGUCGCCUCACCCCGCCCCCCACAGGAGCAGUCGACCGAAGCGGGCCCCCGGACAACCAAGGAUGAGUUGUCUAACGAUAUUGAGUCGUUACUCGAGGACGUGAAGAUAGUUCAGGCGAACCUAACGGAUCUGCCGAAUGAAAGCCUCGAAGCCAUGGAGCAAGGGCUGAAGGAGGGUAUAUCAAUUCUAGUCAAGUGUGAAGAAGCAGCCGCGAUUUUGGAGCAAAAAGUCAUGGAGUACCGCCACGAGCAGGAUGUGCAAAAUCUGUUAAAGGAUCUCGUUGUUAUGAAAGCUAGGAUUGCCAAGUUAUUGAUUCAAGCCCGACAGGGACUGAUCACCAUCCAGGACGCUAAAAAGGAAAUCGCAGAGCAGAAUAUGAUAAUAGAAGAACAAAAGCAAAAAAUAACCAAACUAGACAGAUGGCUCGAAACUAUUAAUAACGAACUAAAGGAAUCAACUCAGCAGUCUGAAGUUCUCAACGAAGACAAUAUUUUAAGAUACAUUGAGAUAUACGAACGUUACAUUAGAGAGUAUGAGGAAUAUAAAAUUAUUUUGAAAUCUAUUUCUUUGGCAAUAACUGAAGAUUCUAGUCAUGUUAAGGAAAAAAUUAAUAUUACUAAAAAGACCUUAGAAGAAACAAAAAAUCUAGUCAUUAAUGAAAUUGAGAGGUUAAGAGAAAUAUUAAUGCAAUUGAGGAGUGCACCAGAAGUAAUCGAGGAGGAUAUAUCUCAAACUGAUAGGACCAUAGAUUCGACAUCUAUGCCAGAAGAAAUAGUUACACCACGAGACACAAACGCAGAAGCAAAAUCAGACAAGAAAGUCAUAAUAGAAGAACCCUUCUUACAAGACAAUACAGUUACUCAGGUUCAGACUGAGCUACAAGAACCUGAAGCUAAAAUAAAAACAUCUGCUACGAUUGAAACGCAAACUGGUCAGAGUCUCAUGUCAGAUAAACUGUCAGUCUCAGACAAAUCUGUUAUUUGCCAACCCGACCCUAUAUCUACCCAUGAUGUAUCUAUAACAUGUGCACCACCAAAAGACAUUGACGUCCAAACAAGUGAACCUGUUUCGCAAGAUAAAGAGAUUCUAGAAAAUAUUCUAAUUAAGAAGACUAUUUCAGAUGGCCAUGAGACUAUUGAAAUUGAAAGUAAACCAGUUAUCAGAGCAUUUAAAGCCGACGAGAAGUCUUUGGUUGUUGGAGCUGACUAUGAAGAUACUAAUGUACAACGUGAUUCUACUCUUAAUAUAAUUCAUAGCCUUCCGCAGUCAUUUGAAACUGUCAUGGUAGAGCCAGAUGAAACUACAACAGAAGUUGUUGUUGAUGCCGAUGGAACUAAACGAAUAAUUGUGAAAAAAGUACGUAAAACACUCGUAACAAGACAAAAAAUAAUUCAUUCGCAACAACGAAACACGGAAAUUCUAUCGACUGAGGAGAUUCCGCAAGAACAAACGUUUAGCCAAAUAACUCUGACAGGAGACAAAGGAUUGUCUACUUCAAUCUUAGACGAGGGAGUUACGCAAAAUGUGCAAUACCAGUUGUAUGGUGGCGAAGUUCUGUCACAACUUCCUAGUGGAGAAGUGACUAUUCAAGAGUUUACGUCUAAGCCAGAUAUGAUAAUUUCACUAGAAAAAGGUAUGAAACCGGAUGAUAUACUGCAACUGGCAGAAGGUGAAAUCAAGCCACACAUAGAAACAUCUUCCUCGAGUAUCACUGCGGUGGUACAACAAGUGACUAAAAGGAUAAUCAGAACAAGGCGCCGCAUUAUUAGAAAAGUGGUCAUAAUCGAUGGCAAGGAACAUGUAACUGAAGAAGUUAUAGAUGAACCUGAAAAUAUUGAGGUUUCUGAAGAACAGAUUCCUAGAGUUUCUAUAAAUGUACGCGAUGAUGGUUAUAUUGUUGGUACUUCAGAACCUGGUGAUGAUAAUGAUAAAGAUAAUGAUACUCAUUCGUUUUCCGGUGAUCAGAAGAAGCCUCCUGGUUUAACUGAACAACAUAUAGAUACUUCCAUAAAAACAACUGAGACUGUACCAGAAACAAACUAUAGUGCUAUAGAUAAUGACGAUUCAAAAAAAACUAGUAAUCAAUUAGACAAUAUCAAUAUCGUCCAAGAAUCUAUACAAAAUGAAAACCUACUCCAUGACCAGAAAUUACGUGAUACGGACAGUAAGCUGGAUUCUGUUGAUGUUUUGGAUUCCAAUAAAACUAAUUUAGUUCAGAUAGAGGAAGAAUUAUUGCCAGGACUUGAACAUUCGGCUAUGGAGAUGUCAUUCAUGAACACGUCUUCUGUAAUGAAACAGGUUACUCGAAGAAUAACAAAAUCAAGGAAACGUAUUAUAAAACAUAUUACUAUAAUAAAUGGUAAAGAACAUGUAACAGAAGAAGUCAUUGAGGAGCCCGAUGAUGUUGAAACUAUUGAAGAAGAGCCCACAAUAUCGUACAGUUUAAAAGAACAAGGUUCAAAACGCGUGAGAAGUAUAAAACGUGUAAAAGUCAUUGACGGUAAGGAACAUGUUACUGAGGAAAUAAUCGAAGACUCCGGUGAUGAAAAUGAACCGACUACGGUGAUUACACCGGAAUUUGAUAAUGAUGACAAGUCCGGACAAAUAGAUAUUCCAGAUAUUAGUGAAGGUAUUGUUUCUCAUCCUGCCGAUGACUUUGACAGUGAAAUUCAAAAGGAAUCUUCUGAAGCAGCAAUAAGUAUGUUUGACCAUAAAAGAGACAUUACACAAAACGUAGGUGAUAUAGCUUUGAAUCUCGAUUCACAUGAAAUGCAGUCGGAUACAUAUUUGCAGGCUGGCCAUAUAACCGAACAAAAUAUUGCAAAUUACAAACAAAACAUUCCUAUUGAAUCUCAGCAUCUAUUAAAAUCAGAAAAAGAAGCAACGCAGAAAUUGUCUCCUAAUGACGAAAGUAAAAUCACGAUCAAUAAGGAACUCUCUAAGGAAUCUUUUUCGGAACAAGAAACAAAUAUUUGUAAAACAACUGAAAAUUUGGAAAUCGAAGGAAAAAAUAGUCAUAUUCAAAUUCCAGUGCUACAAACAAAAAUGCUUGAAGAACAAUUAAUAAAAAGGGGCAAUUUGGAUAAACAUAUCUCUGAAGUAACGAAAAGUUUAUUAGAAAGCGAGAUUGACCACGGCACUCUUAGUUACUCUUCGAAAUCUCAUAUUCCUCAGGUUGAAGAAAUUGACACACAUGUGGCUGAAACAGAAAGUUCUGCUAAAAUAAUAGAGGAUGCAAUUGUGAGUCAACCCAAACCAGAAGAAAUGAAAGUAGCAAACCUAGAAAAAGUUAAUUUCGAAGAACACAAAGAUUUGUUACCUAGUACGGGAAAGGAGCACAAGGACUCUGAAAUAGCUAAAGAACCAUGUACAGAAAACAUUACUGCAGACGAUGAAAAUUAUAUUAAGUCUCAAAUAAUAAGAAAAAGGAGAAAAGUCAUAAAACGUACUCAAAUCGUAGAUGGUAGAGAACAUGUAACAGAAGAAGUCAUAGAAGAACCGGAUGACGUUAUUACAAUUGAUGAAAUUCCUGAGACCGCUCAUGUUCUACAAGAAGAAGGUUUAAGGACUAAACGCAUUAAAGUAAUCCGUCAAGUGCAAGUUGUCGAUGGUAAGCAACAUGUUACUGAACAAGUAAUAGAAGAGCCAACUGAUGACUAUACCUCAGAUAGUACUGUGACUGCUGAUAUUAACUUGACGUUAUCAAAACCAGCUUUUGGGGUAACUGUAGAUUGGGAACCAUUCAGUAAGAUAGCAGAACAACAGAGCGUUCCGAUUGAGACUAAAGAUGCAGACCAUUUAAAAAAUGAAUCUAAAAUUGUACAAGUUGCAGAAGAAACUGACACGGACUUCAAGAAUCGUACUGACACUUUAAGUUCAACUAAAACAAAUUUGUCCGGUUAUGAAUUAAAAAUAAAAUCAGAAGUUAAUGUAUCUCAAGCAGAUGAAGUUGUGUCCACUGUUGAAGACUCUAAUAAAGCUAACAUUGGUCCUGUAGGGCAUAGGGAAAAAGAAAUUGUAUUUUCUGACAGUGCUUCAAAACAAGGCAAAGAUGUCAAAACUUUUGUCGAUCAGCUCUUAAUUGAUGAACAUCAAACACCGAACGUUGAAAGCUUGGAAACGAAGACUACUGCAAGUCAGAACACUAAUCAAGAUCUUGAAAACAUCAUAAAAGCCAACACAUUAACAGACAACGUAUCAAUCAAGGAGAAAGUUGAACAAUAUUUACCAGGCGAAACUAGUAUUAAAGAUGCACCCUUCGAUAAAAAGCGACCAGACCAACUAGAAUAUAUAGAGGCUUAUUCUAAUUUACAAAUUAGAUCAAUAGACGAUGCUGUGAUACCAAAAACUAUUGACACUAUGCCAGAAAAGAUCAUUUCUCAGGACGAAACAGACAAAAUAACAAGCUUGUUAGAUCCAUGCCAAGCUUCUGUAGACAAGCCUAGAGUGGAAUCUAUUCUAUCAUUUACGGACAGGAAUACUCCAAAAAAUUCUGAGGCAUCAAAUAUCUUACGAUUGGAGUCACAGGAUGAAAAUGCUUGUUAUCUUGAAUAUACUUCACCUUCAUCACAAGGCUUCAUAGACAGUACACAUGUGUUUUUACAAUCCGAACGAAUGAAAAAUUAUGACGAUUCUAAGAAUUAUAACCAAGAAAAAUUAACGCAAACUGAGACCCAUGACGCGAAACCUAUAAAGACUUCUGAAAAAGUAGAUAUUACUAUGAGUAUUACUAAACCAUUUGAACAAGCAGAUACAAGGCCUAUGAUGGCAAUUAACAUGGCUGUUGAGAAAUAUGAUUCACAAGAACCGUUUUUGGUUAAAAAAGACAUUGAUGUACAGCUACCGAGUGAUGUAAAGAUUUCUCACGAAACAAGUACAGCGCAAGAUCACACAGUAAAAGAAAAUGUUGAGGAAAAUAAACAAAAGAAAAAGAAGACCAAGCGUAAAGCAAGAGACAGUCCUAGUGAAGCGUUGGAUUCAGAGUCCAACUUGGAAUCGGAUAAAAGUGUCUUGAAUACCGAAAGUUCUUCUCUGGGUCAUUACGUGGAACUACCACCUUCAACUCCUGUAGAGUCUCCUAAACCAACUUUACAGGAUGAUCAACCUACUCAACUAGAAUCUUCUUUGGACAGUGAAAACGUGAAAUCAGAAAGCCUUGGGUAUAAAGCAGAAAAUGCAUCAAUGGAACCUUCAACAAGUCCCGAGAAGAAGAAAAAACACAAAAAACGUAAGUCUCAUAGAAUGAGUGAAGAUACAUUGUAUCCUAUUGAAACGCCUCCAGAAGAUGAUAUAGUUGUAUCGUCUUCACCAGCAAUUAGUGAGGAGCCGGCAAAAGACAAGAAAAUUAAGGGGAAGAAAAGCAAAAAGAAAAUCGAAACACUUACCGAUACUGACACUAUCAAAACACCCUCCGCCUCCGGUCAGGAAGUGACAAUAACCUCUCCAAAAGAAGAGUCGUAUCAUACUCUAAGUGAAACUUCAGAUAUUAGCACUGUUAAAGUUAUUGAAGAGUGUGUCGGAAGCAGUCCUGAUUCAAUAAAAGAGGUUAUUACAACAACAGUAACGUACCCCGUUCCUGUUGUAGAAGAAAUUCCAACCCAGGAAUAUUCAGUCCAAACUUCGCCAGAUUUAAGCGAAGUGAAACCUACUUUAGAAUCGCCCGAUAAAGUGGAUACUAUUGAUGUCGUUUUACAAACCUCACCGACACCCGUGUCUGAAAUAAUUGUGCAAACAACACCAAUAGAAGACAGAGAUGUCGAUACUCAAACUAAUGAUGAUGUUAAAUGCGUUGACAAAGUGGAAGUACUUGAUUUGCAAGUUCAAACAAGUAGAACUGCAAGUCCUGAGGAAAAAACUAACUUGGAAGCUACAACACAAGUUGUGCCUACAGAUAUAUCUUUACCCGAUGAAAAAUCCUCCCAAACAACACCAUCAAUUGAACAAGUCAGCGUCGUUGUUUUAGAAACAGACUCCAAGGAAAUACAAACAUCGCCUAUUCUAAAAGCAAGUGUGGAUGAAAAAUCUACCGAAAUCAUUAUGGAAGUGACUGACUCCAACGUGCAAACUAUAGCACAAGAAAAUACAGAUCAAGAAACAAAUACGUCACCCGUGCAAGAAAUACAGAGCUCAGAUAUGAGUAUUCAGACUCUUGAGAUUCCUGCAGUAAAUAAGUUUACUCAAUCAGAAGAAGAAUAUUCAAUAGAAGAGAAAAAACCUAUUACUGUAGAAGAAAAAGCGACUGCUUCUGAAGUGAUAAACACUACGGAUACUUCACAACAAACAUCUCCUAGAAUAGUUGAAGAAGAAGCAGCACGUAUUAAAACGCCUGCAAAGAAAAUAACUGUUGUAGACACUAUGCAACAGACAACACCACGAGAGGAAAUAAAUGAAGAAACAGACAUUAGGCCACAAGCACCUGUUGAAAUCAAAAAUAUUACAGUAGAGACAGCUCAACAAACUACGCCAAGGGAACUGCUUCAUGAAAAGACCCCUUUAAAUCCAAUUCAAUUAGAAACACGUGUUGACACAGUUGAUAUCUUUCAACAAACGUCUCCAAGAAGCCAUACGGACGAUUCAAUUUCCACAUCUACUGAUGAGCCGUUUGAAGUCCAUCUCAGGGCUCAAAUUUCUAUUCCUCGGGCAACUAACGAUUUCCUCGAAAAUGAACGUCAAACAACUAACAGUCCACUAACGUUAGCCUCUGAUAAACAAAAGCUAAGGAAAAGAAAAAGGAGAAAACCAGAAUCGCCUCUUAAGUCGCCUGAAAGUUUAUCAGACCCUAUCAAUGCUGAGCUAUCUUUAUCAGUGACUCCAACCAGCGAUGACUUAUCUAGUAAAGAUAGUUAUUCGAUCGACGAAGGCAUUUCUCAAUAUCCCACUUUUACAUCAGCAACGAGCCGGGAACCGAUAGCCACACAAGCUAGGCCUACUUAUUCAGAUGUUGUCCAAAGAUCUAAAUCUAAAUCUCCUUCUCCCAACAAAAUUGUUCUGGCGCCAAAGACGGACAGGGCUAGGUUAUUAAACAGUCUUGAAAAACGUACACUAGCAACAUAUGCACCACAAAAAGAUUCAGAAGAUGCGAUGACAGUGGCUUUAGUAGAACCUGCUGUCGAAAAGUCUUAUGAUGUUUUUGUUAGGAAUAAGUUAGCGGACGUUAAGACGGCUGUUCAAAGCAAAGAUCCUCAAAUAAUUGAAAAGACUGUUAUUAUCGUGAUCGAAACCAUUUCCAUUUGGCUCGAAGAAAUGAAAUAUAAAAUUCAUAACGCCAUUUCUACAGGUGUUACAGUACCUGAAGAGGCUAACCGAAUUAAGGACUUAGAACGUCAUAUCGAGCAUCUGAGAGAAAUCAUUUAUGUAACUGAAGUCCACGAGGAAAUUGUUACUUUAAUAGAAACAUUAACUCGCCAAAUGAAUGCAGUUAGUCAUUUAGGCAAUGAAAGUAUAUCGAAAGUUCGAGAAAGCGAAGAAGAUUGGCGUAAAUUCUUAAAUGAAAUUGAGAGUUUGAGUAAGUCAGUUGAUAAGAUUAAAACAAGGUUGGAGGAUCUUAUUUUACUAGAAUCACCCACAUCACAAGAGCUGGAGGAACUGGAUAAAAUUGAAAAUGAUAAUAACGACAACUUAAAACAUCUCACGAAAAUGUUUAAAGUAUAUCGUAGUUUGGCCGAAGCUAAUCCGAAAAGGGAAUGCCCUACUAAAUUGUACCUUUGCGAUGAUGACACAAGACAAAUUGAAAAUGCCAUAAAUGUCGAACGUGAUCGCCUUUUACAACUGGGGUCGUUAGCUGAAGAAUAUGAACAGACCCUUCAAGAUUUCGGGCAAAUAACUGAAGUGGCAGAAGCUUUACUUGACGGGAAAAUCAUAGUGUCAAACUUAGACCACCUACAUGAGGAAAUACAGAAACAUAGGAAAUUCUUUGUAAAUUUAAGUCAUUGUCGUGCUAUACUUGAGUCCUUGGAAGACAACUUGGAUAACGAAACGAGAGCAAAAUACGCGUCAUUGCACCAUUCACUGCACGAUAGGGCCACUGCUAUCAUCGACAGAGCGGCGGGUCGCGCCCAGCAAAUGACGUUGGCCGCUUCAAGGUGGAGUAUGCUCGACCAAGGUAUGAAAGAAGAAUUACAAUGGCUUAGAGUAGCUGAACAACGAAUUCCUGACCUCACCAACGUCACAUCUAUGGAUCACGAACAGUAUAUAAACCUCUACCAGUCCCUGAGCCUCGAUGUCUCCCAUCAUUAUGCUAAAAUGUUGCGCUUGUUAUCUAUAACCGAAGGGCUACAAAAUCUUAUCGUAUGUCCGGGAUUGGAUUCUGAAUGCUCGGUGGCUCUAGAGACGUUAUUGAAGCACCAAGAAAAUAUCGACGUGUCCUUGAUAAGACUAACCGAUUUCAAAGAAAACUGGUUUACGUACGAUCACCUCGUCAAUAGAAUUGAAGGCUGGAUCAAACUGGCCAAUCGAGAAAUAGAACAAAUCACACCAGAAAACAUCACGACUACGAGUAACCUGCGACGUUUCUGGGAGUUGAAGGCGCAACACGAAGUGCAUAAUAAUUUGAAGAACGAGUGCAGCGUCCAAUUCGAGAAGGCCCUUGAAAUUCUACCGAUAUCUGAUGAAAUGGUACAAAGACAGUUCUUUUGUAAAAUCGAAGAUAAGUGGCGGGAUCUUUCUGGUAAAAUCGGUAGCCUUCACGCGUCGGCUAUCCAGAGUAUUUCAGACCGCGACGUAACAUCUACUGAAAAACUUAACUUACUAGAAGACGAGCUCAGAGAAUUGCGCGGGGCUCUAGAAGGGUUAAAAGGUGUAAUCAAAAGUGAGGAUGAACUUAACCUAUAUAUAGAGAGGUUGCAAGUGAUGACGAGUCGCAUCGAUCGAAUACAGAACGAGCUCGGAAGACUUAGUUUACUUCCAACAGCUGAAUCUGAACGUCUCGGUGCUCUUUUGUCCCAGUCUGGAAUACUGGACGACCAAAUAGCGGAAGAAUUGGAAAGGAGCAUGUUGCUCAAGGAGAAGAUUGUCCAAGUUCAAGCGGGUAUCGGGCGAGUGCAAAAAAGCCAACGGCGUGCCCGGCUGACUCUUGAGGAGUGCGGGGCUGCAGAACGUUUGGGCAGCGACGUGGUAGAGAGAGCGUCGCAGAACUGCGAGAAACUCUUGGAAGAUCUCGCAUCCCAGUGGAAGGAUAUCCUCGCUCUAAGACAAGCAUUACACACGUUGCCCAUAAGUCUGCGCGUCUGCGUCUCUCCCACCAGUAUAGAGAGAGAAAUAUCUGCUUUGCAGGAAACGCACGCGGAAUUAGAAGCCGCUUGCAACGAUUUGAGUGUGCGUCUCAGAAGCAAGCUGCAACUGUGGAGGCGCUUCGAAAGACAGCUGGAGUUAGUCCAGGGUGCUGUCCGAGAGGCUGACUACAUGGUCGAGCUGUUGACAGUUCAAGGGCAGGUCGAUUAUGACCGUUUGCUUAAGGCCACCGAGAGAUUGGAGACACUCAGCGAGUCACUGUCCCGUCGCAGCGGCGAGUUAGUUGGCGAGCUGCGGGAAACCGCUACUCCGCUAGAAGCCAGCACUGAGCCCAGCGUUGCUGCUAAGCUCAAGCGGCAGCUGGACGAUGCAGCCGCAGCGUACGAGCACACGUGCGCCAAUCUCACCCAACUAUGCGACAAAUACCACAAAGCAGUGGACCUAUGGAGCAGAUACAGGGACGCGGCCGCUGCUGUGCGUGCCUUCACAGAAUCACAGGAGGGAAGGCUGCACGCUCUCCGCCCUGAUGAUGCACCGGCCACGGCUCAUGCAUGUUUAGAACAAGAAGCGCGUGUAGCUGAACUCAGGUCACUAGCGGCGCGUGUGGCAGCGGAGACAGGUUCCAGAGCUCUGCAAGCUGAUGCUGACGCGUUAGCCAAGAGACUGCAGCUGGUCGCCGGCGCUGUUCAGGCGCUCGCAGACCUGGGAGAGGCCAGGCAAAGCGCCAGAGCCAAAGCACAACAUGCCAAAGAGAUGUUUUGUGACAUGAGACAGGAUUUAACUCCAGUCCAUGAAGAUGGUGAAAUCGUGGAAGACAAACUUAUAGCUUUAAGGGACAAUUUGAUCGCACUUGGAAAGAGCGAAGCGGAUAUUGCGCCAGCCAAAGCAGAGUUGCCGGACAUCGACCGCGACGUAUCGGACGAACAUUCCAUCGUUAGAAUACUGGAGCUAUGGCAGGCAAUGUUCAGAGACACCUUCCUUCACUACCACAGAUUAUCCACAGCUCUGGUCAGGUCCGGAGACGCCGCCACAGCCUUUAAAUUAUGGCACGAAUACCUCCUGGAUCUGCAAUCGUUCCUCUCCGGUUCGGUUCCCGCCGAUUACGAAAAUCUAACGGAGCACCGCCGAUUAUGUCGCGUUCAUCGAAACUUACUGGCGUCACAGAGAUCCGUUCUAAUUAACGAAAACAGAGACACUAAUAACCGUGACUUGGCGGAUAAAUUCGAUACGCUCACAAACCUUCACAAUGAAACUCUCGCGAAAAUUGUCGAAAGGCACGACGAGGUUAGCGCUAGGAUCGCAGCGUGGGACGAUUAUAGAGAAAUUUACACGGAAUUGCUCAGGUGGCUCAAGGAACUUGAGAGGGAAAAGGAAAAACUCCAACUCAGAUACGUGCAUAUAAAGAGAAUAAAUAAAACGUUGACGCAGGUGCAGAAUCUCUCCGAUAGGCUUCCGGAAGGCCGAAAGUUUUCAGAAAAGUUAUUUAGCAAUCUCAAAAAAGUUUUAGUGUUCACAGAAGAUACGUACGGUGCGUCAGUAAGAAUGGAGUACGCCGGAAUCGUAAAGAGAGUGGACAACCUCCAAGCCAGUCUCGACACGUGGCGCGACUUCCUCACUAGAAUAUUAGGCUUAAUUGGCGAAUACGAAUCGUUGACCGGCGAUUUACAAAAGCUUUAUUCCAAAACACAAAACGAAGUUAUGUCAUAUUCAGACGAAGAGCGUCUUUCCAGACCGCAGUUGAAAAAGGCCAUAGAUAGAUUCACCGAUUUAAGAACUAAGAUCGAUAGGACUGAAACUCAAAUCGAAGCGCUUAGCGUUAUUCAAGAACAAUUAAAAGAAUGCCUCAGUCCCCAAGACAUAAGGAUAGUCAACCAAAAAGUCUGGCAGCUGCGACAACAGCGCGCCGACUUAGAACACCAGCUAUCAAUCAUCAUUCACAGACUACAAGAGAGGAUAGAAAUAUAUACCAUGUUUGAUUCUAGGCUUUCGCGCUUCUCUGAAUGGUUAAAGAUGGUCGAGUCCAGAUUCGAAUCUACGACAUCUUGUGAAUCAGUCGCUUUAGAUCCCCACGACCUUAUAAAGAGAAUCAACUCUGAUAUUCAAGCUGACUCAGCAAUGAAAGAACGUGAAUUUGAAUGGCUCACGGAAACCGGUAUGACUUUAGUCGAGUUAUCGAAGAAAGAUGAAAAAUCUUUCAGCAAGAACACUUGUAAACAAUUGAAAGAUAUCCAAGACCGCUGGCACACGUUGCAAGAGUCCAGAAGAAAUAAAAUCGCUGUGAUCAGUGAUCUACUGAAGACAAUAUCGCAAUUGGAAGAGCGUCUCACGGAAAUCAGAACAAAAUUGCACGGCAUCGAAUCGAAACUGUCAGCACCCGUUAUACUCGAAGAGUUAACGAUAAAAGCCGUCGACUCCCAGUACCAUAGUCGCGACGACAUACAUAAGGAGAUCGAAAAGGAGAGCGAGGAAGUUGGUAACACGCUGAACCUCUGUGAAUUUGUCACGAACGACCCUCACAUGUUAAAAGACAACGUGGACUUGCGAAACUUACGAACCGGAGUUGAUAUAGUGGAGAAGAAAUGGAAGAACAUUUGCGAAAUGUCGGAGCAGCGCAAAAGCGCACUGACGGAGAUCAGAAAGUCCGCUGAACUAGCCAAUUCGCUGCUUCCCAAAGUUGAAAAGAAACUCGACGCUUUAGAGAAACGAGUAGAGAAGAUCGAAGCGAGAAAGCACCGUGGUGAAAGUGAAGACGAGGCUGUGUCCAAAGCGAUCAUCGAGGACCUGGAUAAUUUAAAGAAAGACAUAAACAGGCUUAAAGAUGCGUAUAGCCGCAUCGUGUCGGCUAGAGGUAUCGAAGUGCGUGGAAAUGGCGCUGAUGAUGCGGCCAGGUUAAGAGCGGCUGUGAGGCGUUGGCAGCAGUUGAGAGUGAGAGUGGAUGCCGCAGGAGCGGAUGCCCACAGGCAGUUUGUGGCAGCGCACGGCAAAGCUGUAGUCGCUCUGGCUGAAGCUGACGUAAGACUGACGAGAGCCCUUCACCUCUCACCUACACCGACUGAUAAGGAAGCCAUACUACGAGAGCUUGAGGACGUGGAACGUGAGGUCCAAGAAUGCGAAUGCAACGUCAAAGAUGCCGACAGACUUGCAACAGCAGUUAUGAGCGUUCCAGGAGUACCCGAUAUGGUUGCAGAAUAUCGCGCCCUGUACACCGAUGUUCGGAUGCGGCUUGACAUCGCCAGAGCUGAGGUUGUUGGCGACGUGGACACUGCUGUGCAGGUGGACACCCUGAGAUGGGAAACCGAUGCAGCUCUCCAAGUAGAUACUCUAACCUCCAAGGAAACUUACCGAGUCGAACUAGCAUCAGCUGUGAAGGAGGCUUCAGAAGCCCUAGAGUCACUACGGACAGCUCUUCUCCAUGAAGUAAGAGAGAAUGCGCCAAGCGAAGAACUGGCGAACGCGGCGAAAGAAAUCGCAAAAGCCGGAACUAAACCGUCGCAGACGCUAGAACUGGCGAAACAUUUAUCCGAACUACUCCUUACCGAAUGCGACGCGACAGAGAACGAAGCGAUGUUAAAAGAAGUAGAAUCCCUCUCGCUGAGAUACGAAGACCUCCUGAACCAGGCGAAGAAGAGAGAACUCCAGAUUAACAAUUUGAGGUUGCCGCACUCCGCGUCCUACGCUCUCACUUGUGAGCAUGAAUCCGGUCGUCUGACGUGUCCACUUUGUUCGGAUCGCAAUUGGAAGCAGCUAGACAACGACCUCUGGCGGCUGGAGCAGUGGCUGCAGUUUGCUGAAGCCACCCACGAGGCUAGAAACGAACCUCCUGAACAAUACGAUGUUUUGGAGGACACUAUACAGGACCAUCGCGAGUUUCUACUCGACCUGGACUCUCACAAGGCUCUCGUGGUGUCGUUGAACGUAGUCGGAUCCCACGUGGCUAGACACGCCCGCGACACCCAAGCCGCCGACAGAGUGCGCGAGCGUCUCGCGGAUGCGAACAGACGGUGGGAUGAGGCAUGCGCCCGCGCAGCCGAUUGGCAGACUAAACUGCAACGCGCGCUCGUACACAAUAGGGAGUUUCAUGAUAUUGUCGUCGAGUUAGUCAGUCAACUGGGUAACGCCGAGCGUCUUGUGCGGUCCCGCGAGCCUCUCCGUCUGUCUCGGCCGGCGAACGAGCUCCGUUCCGAGUUCAGACGGUUUAGCGAGCUUCGCGACGAACUCAGCCGCGCCGAACCGCGCGUGCUCGCACUGAGGGACGCCGCGCAACUACUUCAAGGAAAUGAUGCGCAGGAUGUGUGUAGACGUUUGGGUGAACUACGACUUCGUUUGCAAUCACUGCGCAAGCUCUCCGCAGUGUACGCGCUCAAAUUGGGCGCCGCAUUAGCAAACCAACCGUCUGCCACCGGAUCUGCGCUGGCCGCUGCCGCCGCCACUCUUGCGCCGCAGCUGAUGCAGGAGGAAGAGGAACCGAGCUUCACGUUACCACCUCUCACCGAUGACGACGUGCCAGCGAGCGAUGAAACAGAAGAACGCUCUCUGAGCGGCGUGCAGCGAGGGCUGCGUUUCGUGUGCCGAGUCGCACGCGCCUCCCUUCCCUUCCAAGCGCUGCUACUGUUGCUGCUAGGCGCCGCUGCACUCGCCCCCCACACACAAACGGAUUGUCGCGCUACACCUAGCUUACAACCCGUUUUGAGAUACCCGGACGGUCCACCACCCAUAUAG